UUUGGUCAGAUUAUCAUCUAUUUGUAUUUCCAUCCGAUUAUAAGAACCCGCUCACGUGCUAGAUAACCAUUUCAUUUCCCCUCCUCGUGUUCGGCACUGUCCGUUAGUUUCAACUGACUUUAGUUCCCCUAUCGUACUCUGAGUAAUGAUGUGUCCUUUUUACCUCUCACCAACCUCAAAGUCACAAGUUUCUGCCAUCCGUACUGACAAAAAGCCUGUUUGUGUGCAUGCAGAGGAGCAGCGCUUCAGGCGGAGGCAUGCAUGCUUAUUGGCAGUGAGGAGUGAAGAUCUACCCCAAUAACGCCCACUCUCCAGCAUGCUCCAAGACGAGCAGACGCUUCGUGUGUAUUUGUCUUCUAACUCACCCAUCUAUCAGGAUGAUUUUGCAAGAGGGUUCCUUCUCGAGGAUCUACACCUCUGACGGAUUGGAUUGUCCUGUAUUCCAGCAGCAUAUGGAUAUGUAUUCUUUAUUGCAAGGUGAAACUGAAAAGCCAAGGAAACUAGAUAUCUGAUUCACCGCACCUGGGAAGGCUCUAGCACAAGAAUGGGAACUAUUUUUGCGUGAAAGCAAAAAGUAACGGCAAAUUGUAUCGCGUAAAGAAAAUGAAAGCAUCUUGUUUUUUGGUGAAGAACAUUAAGGUACUGUGCAACCGUACCGAACCUGUCUAAUCUUUUCCACCGGCUUUAAUGCCGCUUUAAUUAGAGCUAUCCCACCCUGUCCUCAUCAAACGACCACCGGCUGGCACUUUACACCGGAGGAGAAGGAGCAUCGCAAAGGAAAAGGUGGAUGGAGCUCCAAAAUCUGCACCGUUGUCAGUCGUGGCUCUGAGCGGCAGAUACUCUCAUGUUCCUGGGCCAAUGCCUCGAGUCUCCGCUCUCUGCCAGCUUGUCCACAUGUAGCAGCCCAAGUCUACAGCUAUACUCAGCGCUAACGCCGCCAGUGGAGCCUUCAUGAGCAUCUCCAGCCAUUCUACGCUUCUCAGAUAGAGUUCCCCUGAGAGAUGGAGUGGCUGAUAUUCUCCCUACUGGUGCUGGCUGUGUCUGCUUCGGGGCAGCUGUGCCCCAAGCGUUGCAUGUGCCAGAACCUGUCGCCAUCUCUAGCCAUCCUCUGUGCCAAGACCGGCCUGCUUUUUGUGCCAACAGUCAUCGACCGGCGUACAGUAGAGCUGCGUCUCACUGAGAACUUUAUCACCGCAGUAAGGAGAAGGGAUUUCGCAAACAUGACCAGUCUCCUGCACCUGACGCUGUCCCGCAAUACCAUCAGCCAGAUUUUGCCUUAUGCUUUUGCUGAUCUUAAGCGGCUACGUGCGCUGCACCUGGACAGUAACCGCCUAAGCGUCAUCACGGACGAUCACUUCCGAGGACUCACCAACCUACGGCACCUUAUCCUUGCCAACAAUCAACUGCACAACAUCUCGCCACAUGCAUUUGAUGACUUUGUGGCGACUCUGGAGGACCUGGAUCUUUCGUACAAUAACCUGGUGGAUAUCCCAUGGGAGACUAUAGGACGCCUCACCAAUGUGAACACUCUCAACAUGGACCAUAACCUCAUAGAGCACGUCCCUCUAGGAGUCUUUUCAAACCUACACAAACUAGCACGUCUGGAUAUGACAUCUAACAAGCUAAAGAAAAUACCCCCUGACCCCUUGUUCCUUAGGAUACCAGUUUAUGCUAAGUCAAAAGGGUCACCCCUUUCCUCCCUUGUCCUAAGUUUUGGAGGGAACCCACUGCAUUGUAACUGCGAGCUACUCUGGCUAAGGAGGGUAACGCGAGAGGAUGACCUGGAAACUUGCGCGUCACCUUCCGACCUUACGGCAAAGUACUUCUGGACAAUCCCAGAAGAAGAGUUCAUCUGUGAUCCCCCUGUGAUUACAAGGAAAUCUCCCAAAACCUUUGUCAUGGAGGGUCAACCCACCAGCCUGAAAUGCAAGGCCAAUGGGGACCCAGACCCAGACGUUCACUGGAUCUCCCCAGAGGGCCGUCUAAUCUCCAACACCUCCCGUACUUUAAGCUUUAGCAACGGGAGCUUGGAGAUCAACAUCACUUCCCUGAAGGAUACGGGAGUCUUUACCUGCAUUGCGUCUAAUGCUGCAGGGGAGUCUACAGGCACGGUGGAAUUGGUGGUCAGCCCACUGCCACACUUAGCUAACAGCACUAACCGGAUCCGAGAACCUGAUCCAGGACCAUCCGAUAUUCUAACCUCUGCUAAGUCGACUUCAUCAGUCAGCAAUGAGACCAGGUCUCAGGAGAGGAAGGUGGUACUUGCUGAGCUUACGGCAAAUUCUGCACUCAUCAGGUGGCCUUCGCACCAACAUUUCCCUGGAAUCAGGAUGUAUCAGAUUCAGUACAACAGCUCGGCAGAUGACACCUUGGUCUACAGAAUGAUUCCCUCCACGAGUUACGACUUCCUGGUGCGAGACCUCGUAUCCGGACGGGAGUAUGACCUGUGCGUGCUGGCCGUCUACGAUGAUGGCGUGACCUCGCUGACCGCCACGCGGCAGGUGGGCUGCGUCUCAUUCGUCACGGAGACGGAGUACAGCCAGUGCCAGUCGCUCCGCAGCCAUUUCCUGGGAGGCACUAUGAUCAUCAUCAUUGGAGGAAUCAUCGUGGCUUCUGUCCUCGUUUUUAUCAUCAUCCUCAUGAUCCGAUAUAAAGUCUACAGCCAUAACGGGGCAGAUUCUGGAAAGGGAACUGCCAUGACGAACGUGCGCUCACAGACGAAUGGGGGGCAAGCGUCGGGGCAGGUCCCGCGCUCCAGCUCCAAAAUCGUGGAGGGCCAAGAGGCCUCGGGAGAGGGUUUAGAGGGGGCCGCCGGGGCCACUGGUAGUUUUAAGGACUCCACUGCCAUGGUGCUGGUCACAGACUCUGAGACGGCUGUGCAGAUUUCAGAGAUGAGCUGUGAGGACAUAGUCUCCCCCACACAAAGGCACCAUCCUAGAACUUGUAUAGAACUCAAGAGACGUCCUUCACUUUCCUCAAAAGAGGGUACAAGCACAGACACACAAGGAGACACAGCAAACCCACAGGUCAGUGACGAGAAGAAGGUUCAACGAGAUUGGAGCGACUUUAAAAUUUGAUGACUCCUUCCGCUGUCCCGCAAGAGACAGCAAUCAUCCCUGAAGAAGCUCGCCAGGUCAUCCGAUUAUGGAGAGGAAUAUGGGAUAAUUUGUCUGAACCCCUGCUGGACUUUCUCCCCUGAGUGUUCACUUCUCACACUGUAUUCCAAGGACUAUCCAACCGUUUCCUACCGGGACAUAUUUGAGGACUCAAUCCACUACUGCAACGAAUGGAAACGGAGCACAAUAAUUGUUCUCCAUUGCUGGCUUUUGGAACAUAUUGCCUUUUACAUCCCCGCGGCCAGGACUGUCUAUGUGUUUGCUGCCGACUACAGUAUGCAUUGUUUACUGGACGGUUUGGGUUCAAGAAUAACACCUCACUGGAAGGGAUAUUCAUCAUCCUCCUCCCAUUCAAUCAUGCAAACUGCACCAGUGAGAGGAAACUCAGAUGGGACAAAGUAAACAGCAUGUCUGUGCUUCCUGCACUUUCAUCAAUCUGCCCUUCUCCUCCUCCUCCUCCUCCUCCAUCUCAUCUGGCUUUACAGUGUCAUCCGUGACCCUCCCGUCCAAUGAGAACUGAAACUCAAAGAACUCAAAGCAACAAACAGACGGCGGCAGCGGUCCCAAAUGGGAGCACAAGUAUACCUGUUAAUUUGAGUUGUUUGGUCACUUUUUAUUUUGCCAUUUUCUUUUGUAACUGUACAUAAAUCAAUUUAAGAUCUUAUAGUUUUGUACAUGUAAUUUUUAUGGUGUGUGAUUUUUUUAUAAAAUAAAAGACUAGAUCAA